UAUAUGUACAGGCGUGUGCAAAGGUAAAACUCGGGACUAAGCGUCAUGGGAAGUACGCAAUUAAUUUCUCCCUAUAUAUAAUAAUAAUAAUGCGAAAUCUGUACUAAAUAUUUACUUAAUUGUGACAUUUGAAGGAUUGCAAUAGAUACUAUUGUUUGAGAGGCUCUAUUUGGAUUAUUAAAAACCUCCAUUGCUGAACGGAUAAGAGAUACCUAUACAUACGUGGAGGAACUUUAGACAUUGUCUUGAUAACCAUUAGUAGAUAGACGGAAUAAAAAAAUCCAAUAACCUAUUCUCCACCUCAACCCUCAAAACCAAGAUGCAGAAAAAUCCAUCGGGUUCCAGUACCUACCCAUCCCCAUCGGCCCCACCCCCCAGCCAGAUGGCGCCCAACCAAACACCACAGAUGGUACCCCCACCGGCGCCUCAGCCCGCCUAUGGACCCCCACCUUACUAUGCGGCGCCGUAUGGGUACGGACCACCACCACCACCACAGACUGUAGUGGUGCCUCCUACAGCCGUGUAUGUGGAUGGUCACCAUGGAUACCGUCACCAUGGCAUCGGCCAUAUUGACCUCGGUCACCAUGGUUUUGGUCACGGUUUCGGGUUCGGACACCAUGGAUUCGGUGGUCAUCACGGGUUUGGAGGUCACCAUGGUGGUCACCACUAAUAGUGUCUUUUCUGUUUUUAACCAAAGAUUUGUAUGUUUUUACUUCUUUUAUACAUUAUGUUGUUCGUUAUUCUACAUUGUUUUAAUAAAAC